AUGAUUCCCCACAUCAUUCGGCUGGUAACAACUUUCCCCAGGCUGAAUUUCCGAACAAUUCGCUCUCCCGGGCCCACAAGCCCAAUCCAGCGCGGCCUGCAAAGUCCGCCCAUCCACUCCAUCCGCCGCCACACAAUAUGUCCGAUUUGUAGUGUCGUUCGCCAGAAAACCGCCACUUCCAGAGAUGUGAAGCAAAUAAACGGGAGUCGAGUUGGAGUAAAAAAGACCCCAGUUGGCUUCGGAGACUGGCGGGUACCUCAGGUCCUCGUUAAACAGCUCGUAUAUGUAAACGCUAGACGUGACCUCUGGAUGCAGAGGGGUCCCGGUUCUGUCGAGCACGUGCUUGAUCAGAUUCGAAUUGUAAGUGUCGGCAUUAUUGAUUGUGGCGUAAGGCUCUUUAGAGUCGCCCCUUGA